CAAACAGUUCUCAAACCCAGACUUCACUCUGCCGAUAUCCGACAUAGUCGACAACGUCAUUCAGAAUUGUCCGAUUGAUGUCCGGCGGCCGUUGUACAACAACAUCGUUCUGUCCGGAGGUUCUACGAUGUUCCGAGACUUUGGACGGAGGCUCCAGAGAGACAUUAAACGGGUAGUUGAUGCUCGACUUCGGGACUCUGAAGCUCUCUCGGGAGGACACAUCAAGCCGAAGAAGAUUGAUGUUCAAGUGAUUUCCCACCACAUGCAACGCUACGCGGUUUGGUUUGGUGGAAGCAUGCUGGCCUCUACGGUAAGUAGUUGUGAUGGCCACUGUUAUUCAUACAUUGUAUUUACAACGACCAAUCUAUUAACUUAGACAUCCAACACAUUG